AUUGAUUGUUUGAGUGAAAAUGUUUUUUUUUUGUAAAUCAAGAUGAUAUACUAAAUGAUGAUCUUUGCAGGAAUGAGAGCCAGAAAGAGUCGAAACUUAAGGAAAUAGUUUGCAGCAUCCACCAGAUGAACUACAAACCAUUACAGGAAGUACAGAAACCAGUUGCACCACUUCAGAAUGGAGUACAGACCACCCCUGCGCAAGAAGAGGCAUCUGAAAGCCUCUCAGGCGCGCCCAUUCAGCUUCCCAUGCAAAUUAGCUCUCUUCUGCCUCCCUUUCAGCCAAGUCCUGCGCAAAAGGAAGCUUCUGAAUCUAGUUCUGCGCCAUCUCCUUUGCAGUCAAGUCUUGCACAGAAGGAGACUUCUGAAACCACCUCUGCGCAGACACCUUUGCAACAUCUCUCAGAAUCUGAAGAAUAUAAGAAUGACCACCUUGAACAAAUCUUCCUUGCCCAAUCUGAUGAGCCAUGGUACGCAGACAUGGUAAACUACUUAGCCACAGAUCAUGUGCUAGGUGUCAACAAACUGGAAAUCUGAGCAAAAGAAAUCAAAUGCCACAGAA